AAGAGAACGACAUAUUUAGGAACGCACAGGCGGGAGUGCUGAUCUCAACGCAAAGCCAUCCGAUGCUGAGGCGGAACCGCAUCUUUGACGGACUGGCGGCUGGGGUGGAAAUCACCAACAAUGCCACCGCUACCCUCGAUAGCAAUCAGAUAUUCAACAACCGUUUCGGCGGCCUGUGUUUGGCCAGCGGUGUCCAGCCCAUCAUCAGAUGUAACAAGAUCUUCUCAAACCAGGACGCGGUAGAGAAGGCAGUGCGCAAUGGCCAGUGUCUGUACAAGAUCUCCAGCUACACGUCGUUUCCGAUGCACGACUUCUACCGUUGCCAGACCUGCAACACCACCGAUCGCAACGCCAUCUGCGUCAACUGCAUCAAAACAUGUCAUGCCGGGCACGAUGUCGAGUUUAUCAGACAUGACAGGUUUUUCUGCGACUGUGGGGCGGGAACUUUGAGCAACCAAUGCCAACUACAGGGUGAACCCACCCAGGAUACUGACACGCUCUACGACUCGGCAGCUCCCAUGGAGUCCCACACACUCAUGGUCAACUAAUUCACCCCUACCCCCCGCCCCCCACCCCCCACGUGUACAUACUAUACAUACACCCUCCCUCCUUUUUAUUGUGAUGUGUUUCUACACUUUAAACAGACUAUGAAUAAUUUAUUUAAUUUUUUAAGAGGCAAAAUGUUCUGUUGUUAGGAAUAAAAUUAACAAUUUUGUAUUUGUGUUAUCUAAAUGUUUAUAGUUAUUAUUCCGGUGAUAAAACGUCGUGUUGCUGUUGUGUUGUUGUUUGUGUAUUGUGUGUGUGUGCGCGUGUGCGUGUGUGAGCAGCUUGGUGUAUUACUAUAUUGUGUACAGGACAAGGAUACCUAAUAGCUAGAAUAAUCAAGUGCGAAAGAGAAUCGAGAUAUUUUUAUAAAAUCUCCUGAAGAUGAUCUUGCCAAUGUGUUGUCGAAAUCGAGAGGCGGCACACAGUAGCUGAAUAAUUAUUCGUAACAUUAUCAAUUAGAGGUUAAAUUAUUAUUGUAUCGGUGGUAAACAUAAACUUUGAAACUAUUAAAUUGUGAAUGAUAUUCGAUGAUAUUAGCUACUACAUUUUUUAUAUUAAUUCAAAUUUACAGCACAUUAUAAUAUAAAAUUAAUAAAUAAAAUACUCGCCUACUUCCUCAAGAUUUGUUUUAUAAAAUUGAUGAUGAUAUUACUACAGACAGGACAGUAAUCUAUGAUUAUACGAUCCGUGCUAUUUAUAAUUAUAUAGUCCUUCUGUGCAUGAAUCAUAGUCCUUCAUUACGUCAUAUAAAUAUGUGCUUCAGAGUCGACCAGUUCAACAAGUUGUAAAUACAGUACUAGUCUAGCUAUUAAAUACUAUAUCAAUACUUUAUUAAUAUCUAUAAAUUUUACUACAUUUAAAGACAGUCUGCUUUAUAUAAUUCAUAAUAGAAACUUUGUAACCCAUGUAAAUUUGUGUAAGAUAUAUAUGAUUAUUGUAGGGAAAUUUGUGUGUCAAGUUAGGGGAAAAGGAACAUUUUAGUGUACUCCCCAAAGUGCCAUAAUUUCAUUUGAUAGUUUGCGAGAAAAGGUUUGAAAGGAAUUUGAUUGAGAAUGGUUGUGAUAGUUUUUAAUAAUUGAUGGAAAGAACUGAUUUUGACCUUUUGUGGAACAAUAGAGUGGGACACCAAAACUUUUUUGCCUCAAUUUUAUUGUUUUUUUUUCAAAGACUUGAUCCAGGAUCAAUUCAGAUUAAUUUCUAUUGAACAAUAUUCAAAUGUCAAAUAUAUCCAUCUGAAAACUUGAGCCUGCCAUGAAUUACUUGAAUUUUGCGAAUAAAAUUUGGGCACAGUUACAAGUGGAAAGUUGUUGUAAUUUUUGGAUUAUUAAGUCUUACAAAGACUAAUAUUUUGGGAAAUCGAGGUUAGGAUGAAAACCGUAAUGUAUAAAUAGAUAGUGAAAUGAUGGAUAAUUGCCGGAGAAAAACAAUUAUGUGAUUCAAAUGACUGUUACUUUACAAUGUAAAACAUUGGGUUUU